AUGAAUCAUAAAGUAUUUGAACCAGUAGGAAUGAAGCUAUUGGAAAAUGAAAAGGAACUAGAAUUUGAAAAUUCAAACAGUAGUCUCUACAGAUGUCUAGGCAAUAAAUCAUCUUAUAUUUUUUGCCAAAGAAGAAAAGGAUUCUGCGAAUGGAAUAGAAAAAUCCACAUAUGCUUUCUUAACAGACCGGGAAAUGAAAUGAUUUCAAAUCCUCUAGCACAAGAGAUUAGUGAGGAAAGAAUAAAGGAACUUAUUCAUACAAUGAGUGGGAAUAUGGCUUUACCUUCAAAUAUCAUAUUUGACAAAACUGUUCUCUCACUUUCAAAAGAAGUUAGUACCAAAAGGAAAGACAGACUGAGUAUACUGAAGAUACUCUUUGAUGUCAUAAUAAAAUACUAUAAUCAAGAGAGAGAUUGCCUAUUAACUGAUGAGUAUUCUGAUAUUCAGUCAGGAAUUAUUGAACUUCUAGAAAAUGGGAAAAGAAUAGAAGCACUUGAAACAGCAUAA